UCGAGCGGGACCCGCUCCUUGGCGGGCUCCAAUAUCUCCCACAACUUGUGCACACCCAUGGGUCAAAGCCCUAGGCUAGGUUGCGCGUUGUUCGUCAUAGGGCAGAGCGGUAGAGCGGCAUGGACAUGGAUGUGGAGGAGAUGCAGUUCCUGGGCUUCUUUGGCUUCUUCAAGGAAUCGUUCAAGCUGCUGGUGCGCCAUGCCCGAUUGAUGGCCUGGUUUGCGCUGAUUCUGGUACUGCCGCUGUCUUUUGCGCUGCUGGGGCACACGCUCGUCACAGAUCCGCUGCUCAACCGGAUACGGCUCAACGAGGAGAUGCUUGCGGUGGAGAGGAGCGAUGGCCACAGCGCCGCCGCCGUCCACACGCGGAGGGAGCUCUACUCGGAGUUUGGCAGGCUCGGCACCCUCCUGCUCGCCUACCUCGUCUUCGUGCUCGCCUUCUCGCUGCUGUCCACGGCGGCGGUGGUGUACAGCGUAGCAUGCAUAUACGUGGACAAGAGCGUGACGGUGGCCAAGGUACUAGGCGUGGUGCCCCGGGUGUGGAAGCGGCUCAUGGUAACCUUCUUGUGGGUGUUCCUCAUCAUGUUUGCGUACCACGUCACCUUCAUCGUCUCCGUUGGGCUGCUGCUGGUGGCGCUGGGCAGCGUGCCCGCCCUCUUGCUCCCGCUGCUGCUGCUGCUGGCGCUCGCCUUCUUCGCCCUCCAGGUCUACCUCAACGUCAUCUGGCACCUGGCCAGCGUCAUCACGGUGCUGGAGGAGCACUAUGGCAUCGCGGCGCUCAAGAAAAGCGCCCGGGUGGUGAAGGGCAAGCGGAUGGUCGGCUCAUGCCUCGUCUUCACCCACAUGGUCGCCUCGGGAAUCAUUGCGGCCCUGUUCCACGCCAGGGUGGUGAGCGCCAACUCGAGGCUGCCGUCGGCUGGGCCUCGCUUGUCGCUGGCGGCGCUGCUGGUGGCGCUGCUCACGCUCGUCAACCUGCUGGGGAUGCUGCUGCAGAGCCUCUUUUACUUCUCCGUCAAGUCGUUCCACCACGAGAGCAUUGACCGGAUGGUGUUGUCGGAUCACCUGGACGCUUACAUGGGGGAGUAUGUGCCGCUCAAGGACCCCGACAUCCAGAUGGAGGUGAUGGAGCCCUGAACCGAAUUUGUGUUGUGUCUCUCGUGCUGUCGCUCAAUUGAGUAUACAUACGUAUAAAGACUUGAUCCACUCGCGGA